AUGGCUUUAUCCAGUUUACUCAAUGGUUUGUGUCCACCAUGGGUCAGGCAUAAGGUUGAUUUGCGAGGGGUCCUGGACAUGACCGCCACGGAGAACACCAUCCGUUUCAGUGUCCACACCCUGGACAAGGCGACCAAGGCCAAAGUCACCCUAGAAAAUUAUUACAGUAAUCUGAUAGCCCAACAUGUGGAGAGGAAACAAAGGUUAGCAAAAUUAGAAGAAUCCAUGAAAGACGACAGCCUAUCGGAGGAACAGAAACACGAAAAGCGACUGCAACACGCUCAGAAAGAAACGGAAUUUCUGAGGUUGAAGCGGUCUCGGUUAGGCGUCGAGGACUUUGAACCUCUCAAGGUCAUCGGACGCGGAGCCUUCGGCGAGGUUAGGCUAGUGCAGAAAAAAGACACGGGUCACGUGUACGCCAUGAAGAUAUUGCGGAAAGCGGACAUGUUGGAAAAGGAACAGGUGGCCCACGUGCGAGCAGAACGAGACAUUCUAGUCGAAGCCGACCAUCAGUGGGUGGUCAAGAUGUACUACAGCUUCCAGGACCCCAUCAACCUCUACCUCAUCAUGGAAUUCCUGCCGGGCGGCGAUAUGAUGACGCUGCUCAUGAAAAAGGACACCCUUUCCGAAGAGUGCACGCAAUUCUACAUCACCGAAACCGCCCUCGCCAUCGACUCGAUACACAAGCUCGGCUUCAUCCACAGGGAUAUCAAGCCGGACAAUCUGCUGUUGGACGCCAAGGGGCAUCUGAAGCUGUCGGAUUUCGGGCUGUGCACCGGGCUGAAGAAGUCCCAUCGGACGGACUUUUACAGGGACUUGAGCCAGGCGAAGCCGUCCGAUUUCAUCUCCUCGUUUCCAGUAAUCACCUCCAGCCCGAUGGACAGCAAACGGCGCGCCGAAAGCUGGAAGAAGAACAGGCGAGCGUUGGCGUACAGCACGGUGGGCACGCCCGACUACAUAGCGCCCGAGGUGUUCCUGCAGACGGGGUACGGCCCUGCCUGCGACUGGUGGUCGCUGGGCGUCAUCAUGUACGAGAUGCUGAUCGGCUAUCCGCCCUUCUGCAGCGAGAAUCCGCAGGACACUUAUCGGAAGGUGAUGAACUGGCGCGAGACGCUGGUGUUUCCCGCCGAGGUGCCCAUCUCCGAGGAGGCCAAAGAUACGAUUAUCAAAUUCUGUUGCGAGGCUGACAGAAGAUUAGGAUCUCAGAAAGGUUUGGACGAUUUGAAGUUGAAUCAGUUCUUCCGCGGCGUCGAUUGGGAGCACAUCAGGGAGAGACCGGCCGCCAUACCUGUCGAGGUGCGGUCCAUAGACGACACCUCGAACUUUGACGAUUUCCCCGAUGUCAAACUAGAAAUUCCUGCCGCCCCGAUGCCUCAGGACGGCGAAAUCAACUACAAGGAUUGGGUCUUCAUAAACUACACCUUCAAGAGGUUCGAAGGUCUCACGCAAAGAGGCACCCCCACGAAAAAGUAG